GCGGCGGCGGCGGCGAACGUCAGUGUCUGUCGCGCAGCCGACGGAGGCGAUGGCGUUGCCGUGGCAGCCGGAGCCCUUGCCGCGCUCCGAGGCGCUGCUGUACGCGGCGCUGCCGGCGUACCGCGAGCACGGCCUGGCGCGCUUCGGACCGGACGGUGCCGUGUACAGCGCCGACGCGCUGCCCGUGCUGGAGCGCUGUCGGCGCACGCCGCUGCACGCCGACGACCUCUGGGUGUUGGCGUCGCCCAAGUGCGGCACCCACUGGACGGCGGAGAUGGCCUGGCUGAUCCAGCACGACUGCGACUUCGCCGGGGCGCAGUCGUACCUGGCGCCGGACCGGACGCACUUCCUGGAUGCCGCCGCAAUAAUGUCGCCCGGCUGGCGGCAGGCGGCGCAGCAGCAGGGCAGCGAUGCCGUGUGCCGCCGGCUGCUGCAGCCGAUCGACGGCAGGCCGCGCCCUCGGCUCGUGAACACCCACCUGCCGCUCAGCCUCUGCCCGCCCGGCCUGCUCGACACGUGCAAGGUUAUCUACGUCGCACGAAACCCGAAGGAUGCGUGCGUCUCCUACUACAAGAUGUUGAUGUCAGACAGCACACUGAGCCCCGAGACGACCAUUGAAGACUUCGUCACGCUGUACACCGAAGGGAAGAUGGUCUGCCUGCCGUUCUUCCCAAACGUGCUGCAGGCGUGGCGCCAGCGGCAGCACCCCAACAUGUUGUUCCUCACAUUCGAGGAGAUGAAGAGGGAUUUGCGAGCCGUCAUCGAGCGAACGGCCGAGUUCCUGGGUAAGAAACUGGCGGCCGAGGAGCUGGACAGGCUGCAGCACCACCUUAGCUUCGAGAGCAUGCGGGAGAACAAGUGGGUCAACAAAGAGGACAGGAUCAAGGGACAAAAGGGAGCAGACGGUGAGCGUCUGUCCUUCAUGAGGAAGGGUCAGACGGGCGACUGGAAGAACCACCUGAGCGACGAAACGUCGCAGAAGAUGGACCGCUGGAUGGAGGAAAACCUACGCGGCACUGGGCUCACAUUUGUUGCCGAGGCACCGCAGCAGUAGUCCGUACAGCGACCGCGCCGUUCGAAGCGGGGUUCACGGCACCACAGCGGGCCGAAAUCACGUGCAAGCGGCAUGUAGUGACGGCGCAGCGCCGCCCCCACAAGGCUCUGCACUGAGGAGAUCACGCCGAUGAUGAUGCUGUCACCGCCCCAGACUUCGGAGCUAUUUGACUUGAUUUGAUGAAGCUCUUGCCCAUCCCAACAAAACGUCUGGCCUUAUCCAGUACUUCCAUCAACAAGUAGUUGUAAAUGCUGAAUGUUUUUAUCCUGCGUAGUAUAAUCCUUCCAUGUUAUACGUUUUAUCAUUAAGUAUGACAAAGGUGGGUGAGGAUGGAAUAAUAUUUUGGGAUGAUGAUGGUGAUGAUUUACAGUUUUUAGGCCGCGUCGAGUGCAAAUGAUCAUACAGCACCCAUGAGUGAAGCAAGGGCGGCAGCUUACACAGGUAUGGAAUGUGACAGAUACAGUGUUGUGUUGAAAACUAUUUUCGUCUCGUCAGACACAACAUACGAAGCUGGACCGACCGAAGGGAAAAGUUCAAGGUUGGGGGGUGAACAAGCGAAAUGAAGGCAGCGUGAGUGAUACAAUCGUGGACAAAACAAGGCCUUGAACGUGAAUUGUUACGGCCUUCGUUUCAAUGACGUUCAUUUGUUCGCGAUCCUCUCCCGCAACAACUCAGUCUUGCUACACGUGAGAAAUUCGUCUUGUUCUUCUGCCCAUCAUCGCAACGUUGGUCAGCACGCAUAAAUUAUAGUGUACAAUCUGCCAGAAAACAUCAAAACACGUGCCACAUCAGCAAAGGUUCUUGCCGUGGUUUCUGCUGUGAUCUCAUGUAAGCAUCCAUCAACUGACCGAUCAGCUGAUCAAUAACUCCGCUUUAUCUCGCAGUGGCUGGAGCAACCAGCUGCGACAGAUGGCACGGUCGGUUUGUGUGGCCGAGGUUUUGUGCAGCUGCGUUGUGUAUUUGGUUGCGCACGGUUUGCUGGGAGGCGGCUUAAGAGUGGACUAACAGCACAGAUUGAGUUCCACUCUUCCGACGCCUCCAAAUUACCCGCUUGAUUGCAUGAACUAAAUGUAUGUAUACUCAUUGAUUACCACAUGUGGGUUACACAUCCACACCCCAUAAAUGCUGCCUUCUGAUC